ACUUCAGUGUCCGAACCAAACAUUUGUCACAAGAAAAAAACACCACAACAUUGCAAAUGGCUAAUGCAAGCGAUGAGUUCCGGCUAGCAUCUUCCGGCAUAGACCAUGAAGGACGACUCCCCAGAAAGUACACCGGCGACGGCCAAGGCGCCAAGAAAAAUAUAUCUCCGCCGGUGGAAUGGUACAACGUGCCGGCCGAGACCAAGACGUUGGCUCUGAUUGUUGAAGAUAUCGAUGCACCUGACCCCAGUGGCCCGAUGGUGCCAUGGACGUGUUGGGUGGUGGUGAAUAUACCGCCUACGUUGAAGGGCUUGCCGGAAGGAUUUUCCGGCAAGGAGGAGGAGAAGGGUGGUGAUUAUGUUAAUAUUAAGGAGGGAAAUAAUGAUCUCAAGGUUCCGGGGUGGGGUGGCCCGAAGGUUCCGUCUCCGGGCCACCGCUUCGAGUUUAAGCUCUAUGCUUUGGAUGAUGAGCUUCGUCUUGGAAACAAGGUGACGAAAGACAAGGUGCUGGAGGCAAUAGGUGGACAUGUUCUUGGCGAAGCUCGUUUGACUGCCAUAUUUUGAGUUAUGCAGGGAUUAUGUAUUUAAUGGAUGUGUUUUUAAGUACUGCGAUAUGAUAUUUGGAUUGUUAGCUUGCAACUCUUUAUAACAUUUUCUUGUCUUGUAUCCAUUUUUCACUGUUGUUAUUUGAUAAUUGCUUUCCUCGUCGUGGCUGGUAGGUUUUUUUUUCACUUAGGUUAGGUUGAGGUUGUUUUGUUAAUCUGCAAAACAACACUGGGUGUGUUCCGUAAAGCGCCUCCCACGUGUUAAUCAGUGAUCGGGCUGCUUACAAGGAUGGGUAUAAGAGAGCCAAGACUCUUAGUUUAUGUAUUUGUUGAGGGUGGUAGUUUUUUUGAGUUAGAAUUCGCUUACGUGUAACGUGUGUUGGGUAAUUUUUAUUUUUAUUUUUAUGUA